AUGAUUUCAUAUGGAUACCUGCAGGGAAAAACAGUGAUUCAAGAGGUCUUAAAAUGGAAACAAAUAUCGUACGAUUUUGACGGAAUUUUGUAUAAUACAGACACAAACUACGAGAGGAAGGCUGUGGGUACACAGAACAAUACAGAAAUAAACGAUUCAGACAAAUUCUUCAUCCAAUACAACAAUGUGCCGAUUGGAAUGGAGGUGUAUGCAGACAGGGUUUUUAUUACCGUCCCAAGGAGAAGGCACGGCAUACCUUCCACUCUUAACUAUGUACAGCUUAAUGGAGACAAAUGUCCAGCCUUGAAGCCGUACCCGAGCACGGAAAGUAGGAAGGAGUUCGUGUCAGUAUACCGGCCAAGGGUGGACGUCUGUGGAAGACUAUGGAUGGUCGACACUGGUCAUCUGGAAGUACCCGGGGAGAGAAAACAAAUCCAACCGCCAGCUAUCGUCGUAUUCGAUCUGAAGACAAAUAAACAAGUACUACGAUACGAGCUGAAGCCUUCGGACUUGGUUAACAACAGAUCAUCUGCUGGUCUAACCUCGAUAACUGUUGACGUCACUAAAGAUGCCUGUGACGACGCGUACGCUUAUAUAAACGACCUGGCAACGGAAGGUAUGGUUGUGUUCUCAAUGAAAGCUAGGAACAGUUGGAGGCUGGAUCACCGAAGCUUCGUCCAUGAUGACAGCGCCAUGAACUUCACAGCUGCAGGGUAUGUCAUCAAUUGGAGAGACGGUUUAUUCAGCAUAGCGCUUUCGGAACCCGACUCAGAGGGAAAGAGAAGAGCAUUCUAUCACCCGUUGGUGUCAACUCAAGAGUUCUCCAUCAACACGGAGUAUUUGAAAGACUCCAGAAAGUUCUCAGGGCUCAAUACCUAUCUCGGUGAACGUGGCUCUAACACGCAAAGCGGUUCCCAUGAUUAUCACGCGCCUUCCAGAACAAUGUUCUACGCGAAUGUCGCACAAGACGCCAUUUUGUGUUGGAAUAUCGACACCAACAUGGCGCCGAAUAAUGUUGCAGUUGUAGCGCGGGACCCUAAGAAACUUGCCUAUAUUUCUGAUUUAAAAGUAAUAGGUGAUCACGUGUGGGUGCUGGUCAACCAGAUACCGAAGUUCAUAUACUCCAGAUUCGAUACGGACGAUUACAAUUAUUUUAUACAAAGAUUGAAAAUUGGAGAUUUAAUUCGCGGAACCGUCUGCGAUGUGCGAGGUUUUUGA